UUUCCCAGCUUUAGGACCAGAGGACACGGCCUUGAGCUGCACCAGGGGAGGUUUAGAUUGGACAUCAGGAGGAAUUUCUUCAGAGAGAGGGGGAUCAGACACUGGAAUGGGCUGCCCAGGGAGGUGGUGGAGUCCCUGGAUCUCUCUAAGAAGAUACUGGAUGUGGCACUCGGUGCCAUGGUCUGGGUGAUGAGGUGGGGUUGGGUCACAGGUUGGACUCGAUGAUCUCGGAGGUCUUUUCCAACCUAAUUACAGAAUCACAGAAUCAACCAACCCAGACCAUGGCACCACAUCCAGGCUCUUCUUAAACACCUGCAGGGACAGUGACUCCACCACCUUCCCAGGCAGCCCCUUCCAACGUCUGAUCCCUCUCUCUGUAAAUAAUUUCUCCCUAUUGUCCAAUCUAAACUUCCCCUGGUGCAGUUUAAGAUUGUGAUUCUAUGGUUGAUUCUGCGAUUGUGUGGGGCGGACUAGGCCCCGCGUUGCUAGGCAACGCUUGGCGUUUGUGACGUCAUUUCCGCCUCACCUCACUCCUGGGCUCUAGGCCGGUGACGCCACUUCCGCCUUCAGCAGGGGCGGGUGUCAUGGCGGUCGUGUCCGUGUUCCCGUCGUCGCGGGAGCUCGGCCCGGCGCUGGCGCGGAUCGUGGCCGAGGCGGCGGCCGAGGCGGCGCAGGGAGAGGGCGGGCGGUUCUCGCUGGGGCUCUCGGGGGGCUCCCUGGUGGAGCUGCUGGCGCGAGAGCUGCCGCCCGCCCUCAGCGCGGCCCCCGCCGCCGCCGACCCCGCGCGGUGGCUCGUGGCCUUCUGCGACGAGCGGCUGGUGCCGCCCGAGCACCCCGAGAGCACCUGCGGCGCGUACCGGGCCCAGCUGCUGCCCCGACUGCCCCCCCCCGGCCCGCGGGUGCUGUCGGUGACCCCCGGGCUGGGCCCCGCCGCCGCCGCCAGAGACUACGGGGAGCAGCUCCGGGGAGCUUUCCCGGGGCAGGAGGUUCCCGUGUUUGACCUGCUGGUGCUGGGGGUGGGCCCAGAUGGACACACCUGCUCCCUGUUCCCAGGGCACCCCCUGCUCCAGGAGCAGGAUGAGAUCGUCGCUGCCCUCGAGGACUCCCCGAAGCCGCCGCCGGCGCGGGUGACGCUGACGCUGCCGGUGCUGAACGCGGCGCGGAGCGUCCUGGUCGUGGCCGCCGGCGCCUCCAAGGCCCCCGUGCUCAAGCGGAUUUUGGAGGGGAAGGAGGAGCCCCCCCUCCCCGCCGCCCUCGUCCGGCCGCGCUCCGGGCGCCUGCGCUGGCUCCUGGAUGAGGCGGCGGCCGCGGAGCUCAGCAUUCCCACGGAAAAACACCCCGGAGUGUAGAGCUGGGGAUGGAUCCACGGCAUUCCAGGAGCUGGGUGUCCCCCUGGGAAUCCAGCCCCGACUUUAGAGCCAGAGAUGAGUCCUGGUCACGUUCCAGAGCUGAGUAUUCCCACGGAGAAACACUCUGGGUCGUAGAGGCAGUGCUGGAUCCAUGGCAUUCCAGGCAGGAAUAGGGAGUCCCAUGGGCUGUGACCCAAAACGUGGGAUUUUUUACUCUUUUUUAGGAUCAAACGGUGCUUUGCCAAGCUUUCCAUGGAAUAAUUCCUUAGAUUUGCUGGGGGCUGGAAUCAUGUGCGGGGACGGGAUGAUUUUGUGCUGGAGGGUUUGGAAUCCAUGUGGGAACUGGGAUGGAGGGACUGGGAGGGAAAAAUGGGGGGAAAAUGGGCUGGAAUGAGUGGAUUUGAGUCUGACAUUCCAGACAGCCCAGGAGCUGAGUAUUCCCAGUAUUCCCAAACACUGCAGAGCAUAGAGCUGGUGCUGGAUCCAUGACAUUUCAGGCAGGGAAUAGGGAAUCCCACGGGCUGUGCCCCAAAACAUGGGAUUUUGGACUUUUUUUGGGAACAAACAGUGCUUUGCUGAGUGAA